AGUUGCCAGCGUGCAUUCCACGUUACGUACGCCGCGUGAUUAUAUACAUUUAGACAUUUAUUAUAUAAAUAUUUUUUCGCAUAGACAUUCUUCCUUUAAUCUCGGCGUUUGAUACGCAGUGGUACAAUUUUUUUUUUUUCGCAAUCGAUCCGCUUGAGUAUUAUUAUUAAUUAUCGUCAUCGUUAAUUUUUCCAUUGUCAAUUUAUCAUAUAUUCGCCUCGGCACUGACGUCUCGUGUCGAACCGGCCGAAAGUUCGUAACCGUUAAGCCGGUAACCGUCGUCUUGAUCGCCCGGCCCGCGCGAAUUUCAUUCAUAAGACCGGCCGGCCGGCCACCCUCCGCCGUCGACGAUUCACUGCUACUGGUACUACUACUACUACUACUACUACUACUACUACUACUACUACUACUACUAACCGCAUUUCUGCGAAUUCCAUCUCGGUCCUGAUAGUAAACAAACUGCUUCUCUCUCUUUCUUUCUUUCGUUCUGUACAUUUACAUUUAUGAAGUUUGGAUAGUUUAUUCUUACAGCUGUCUUACUCGGUCAAAUUGUAACGAUUUUGACGAAAUUGGUAAAAAACGAAUGGGUGAUCGUUAUUGCCUUGAAUUUUAAGGGCGUUAUCUGGAGUGGAUGUGCUAAUGAAGUAAUCCCGAUAAGUCUGUUGCAACGACAAGAUGACUUGCAUCGACAAACUGCAUCGACGUAUGUUGCGAUGGUGGCUGCCCGUCGUUUGGCUGCUAUGGUUGGGCGCACCACUGGAAAACGCUGGCCUGAUACUAGAAGGUACGUACGGCCAGUUUCGCAAAUGGAACGCCGGCGAAAACGGUACGCUGGAAAUGGAGUUUAAGACUCGUUCGCCCAGCGGACUGCUCAUGUACACCGACGACGGUGGCACGUACGAUUUUUUCGAACUGAAAAUGGUAGAAGGCAUCUUGCGGCUUCGGUACAACUUGGGUGGUGGCGCACAGAUCCUGGUAGCGGGCCACGACCUAUUCGACGACCGGUGGCACCGGGUGGCCGUCGAGCGCCGCGGUGCCGUCACCUCGCUUACCGUGGACAACACCACUAGCUCCGCUACGUCCACUGGCAAGGAAAUGCAGUUUGGCCGACUCGUGUCCAACUCGGACGUGUACGUAGGUGGCAUGCCCGGAUGGUACAAUGGCCGCCUAACCCGGUUGGCCUUGCCAAGUGUCAUUUUCGAGCCGCGAUUCAGCGGCACCGUCCGCAACAUUAUCUAUGCUGACGACUCUCAUCCGUACCCAAGACGCCAGACAGCCAUCGCAGAUUUCGUCCUCCAGCCCGAGUGUUCCGGUUCCAGAUGCCGCCGAACGGCGACCAGUGGCAAAAAGACAAAGGUCAGCGGUGGCAACAGAGGGCCGGCCAGUCAUCGAAGGGGCAAUCCGGACGCUUGCGAGAAACACGACCCGUGCCAGCACGGCGGGAUAUGCAUAUCCACGGACUUUGGGCCAAAAUGCGAGUGCCGGGACAGGAACUACGAAGGCACUUAUUGCGAGAUAGAGAAAGUAAUUGCAGAAGCUUCGUUUACGGGAGAAGAGUUUCUGAAAUACGAUUUUGACGGAAACACCGAGGGCGAUUCGUUAACGCUACACUUCAAGACUAAACAACCGGCGGGACUACUCUAUCACAUGGGAGACGGUGGAAAUAAUUACCUGAACGUGGGCGUCGUUACCGGCGGUAUAUCCGUAACAAUGAAAGUGGGCACCGGAACUUUGGAUAUGUUUAUCAAGCCCAACCGAAUACGGUUUGACGACAACCAAUGGCACAAGAUAUUAGUCACUCGCAAAAUACAAGGGAUUUCUGCUGUUACCAGUUUUUGUAAGUUGUCUGUGACAGUAGACGACGUUUACGGUGAACAAGGAAGUUCGGCGGGCGCUUUCACGUUCCUGACAUUAGGCUACUUGUACUUGGGUGGCAGCGAAAAUACUCCCUCGUUAGCAGGCACAAAAGCCAGCACAAAUUUCAUUGGAUGCAUUAAAAAGGUGGAGUACUCGUCUGAUGGCGUGAGAAAAUACGAUUUUCUAGAAAUGGGAAAAACUGGCAGCUCUAGUAUAAGAGUGGUCGGUCGUUUGCAGUAUUCGUGCCAAGACUUUGGGAUGAACGAUCCCGUAUGCCUGUCUACGCCCCGAUCGUUUCUCAUGCUGCCAAAUUGGGAAGGUACGACCAGCGGUUCGAUUUCCGUCAAGUUUCGGACCAACGAGCCGGACGGACUUCUAUUCUUCAGCAGAGGUCAAACCGAACACACGGCUGGAGCCUAUGCCGUUGAAAUUGUUGACGGGCGUGUGUAUGUGUACUUGGAUUUGGGUACAGGUGGCACAAGAUUCGAAAUAAGCCCUGACAACGCUAAAAUCAACGACGGCGAGUGGCAUGAGUUUUCUAUUUGGCGCAACGACAGAGAUAUACAUUGCACUAUCGACGAUUAUCCGUCUGACUUCAUGACAAUAGGCGAUUCCAAUCAGCUACAUCUUCAGAAUGGUAUUAUGUUGGGCUUUGGUGGACGAGCGGUAUACCACAAGAAGGUACCCCCUGGCGUUUGGACGUUGUCUAUGGAGACUGGAUUUGUCGGUUGUGUGCGCGACCUAGUCGUGGAUGGAGUGACUAUAAAUUUGGUCGGUUUAUCUCUUGAGCAAGACAGAGUUUCGGUGACGUCACAUUGCCCAGAGCCGUCGGAGUUCAUUGGAUGCCAACCGGACACGUGCUACAACGGAGGCAUAUGUCGCCAAGGUUGGAACAGAGUCAUUUGUGACUGUUGGCCGACCGAGUACGACGGGGUAGCGUGCACCCGAGAUACGCCCGCGUACAAUUUCAACGGGUCGCAAUAUGUACAAGCUGUGAUGCCGGACAAAAUGACCACCCAAGCGGAAGACAUGUAUUUCCGGUUCAAGACGAACAGACCGCUGGCCAUGCUGAUGAAGACAUUCGACAGCUCAUGGGACAGACUGGAAAUAGCAUUAAUCGUGGGAAAGAUCCGCUUGGCGUUGAAGAUCGGUGACAAAGAAAAGGUGGUGCUGUGUGGAACUCAUUUGGACGACAAUAACUGGCAUUAUCUACACUACGCAAGACGAGGACACGAGAUCCGACUAAAAGUGGACAACGAAACCGCCAGAGACGAUUCGCCCCUUGACGAUGCUAUCACGCUCAGAUGGCAGGGCAUGCUGAUAGGAGGGUCGCCCCCUACAGAUCCGGAGGCCAUGACGGACUUACCCAGUUUCAUCGGCAGCAUGCGACAGUUCGUAGUAAACAAGAUGCAUUUUUUCGACAUUGCGAAAAUUGCUGUCAAAGGCUUUUCCGAAGAUCUGCCCAAGAUACAUAUGACCGUUGGCUUGUUGAAACAAGAGAAACCGCCAACGAUGAUUCAUACCGUUACGUUCUUGUCUAAGAACACUUUUGUCGGACUCCCCCCCUUGAAAGCAUAUUCCAGGAUAGAGGUGUACUUCCGGUUCAAAACCAGACAUUCUUCCGGACUGUUUUUCUUCAACGGCGCUGGCGAUAAGCGCAAUGAUUUUGCUCUCACUGAACUUGUCAAUGGUCAUGUAUUGGUCAACAUCCGGUCAGGCACUCACGUGGUGCGGUUGAGGGACACCUCCAAGAUGGUUUUAAACGACAAUUUCUGGCACACUAUUCAUUUGGUGCAGAUAUCGCCAACCAUGUUUUGCUUAAUGGUCGAUGACCAAGUUGUCGCCACUACCACUAUGUCUAGACCACACAAUAUACAACUGAACGACAUGUUUUAUGUCGGUGGAGUGCCCAAGGAACUGCAUAAACGACAAGCCAAGCACAUGCAUUCUAGGCAUGGUUUUGAAGGCUGCAUGUCUGGGCUGGAGUAUAAUGGAGAAUCGCCGGACAUGGUCGAGAACGCGGUCAUACCUAGCACUCUAGUGACGGCCGGUUGCGACGGACUAGGUCGGAUGUGUGCGAGAGACAUGUGCGACAACCACGGCACUUGUGUGGAACAGUGGAAUUCGUAUUCUUGUGACUGUGACAUGACGGCGUACGUCGGACUCACGUGUUCAGAACCGUCCCUUUCAUAUGAGUUUGGACCUGAUGGCGGCAUGAUGAGCUACAGUUUUCCUGUAGGACAACAACCGGAUAUGCAGAACGACAAACUGGCCUUUGGUAUCAUCACUUCUAAACUUAAUGGCGUGAUGUUUCGCGUAGAUAGUGGCACAUCCAGCGAUUACCUGCAAGUUGAAAUGAUCAACGGAAAUAUAAUUGUCGUGUACAAUAUCGGCACCAACGAUCACCCGAUAGGCGAAGCCAACGUCAAGGUUAACGACAAUAUGUACCACUUAGUGAGGUUCACGCGGUCCGGGCCAAACUCCACUCUGCAAGUGGACGACAACAGCAUGCAGACGCAUUAUCCGUCCGGGCACCAGCUAAAUGUGUUUAACGGUCAGUCGACGAUCCAGGUGGGCGGACGUUGGAAUAGAACGGCACAGCGGAUCGAGAACGGGUACGAGGGCGUUAUGAUGGGUUUGGUGUUCAACGGUCUGCGGGUGUUCGACUUGAUGGCCGACGGCGAUUCGAGGGCAACCAGCCGGGGAGACUGUCACGUGAUCUCGUCCAUAAUAGACCGGCUUAACGAACAUUCUCUGUUGGACACUAUGCAACAGACUCCUGCGUCUGGCGUGAUGGACGACCUGGUGUACUCGGGCGCCGGAUCCGGUUGUAACCACGACGACGAGGACCAGUGCACCGUGGCAUACGAUACCACCGGCACAGGAGACGAUCUGAUCACACCUGUUUACGUGCCGGCCACUGCGGUACCGCCACCACCGCUAGCCACCGGAGUUCCACGGCCUCCUACGGCUGUCGGUUGCGACGACGAUGACGAGGAGACGGAUUGCAUAACAGCGGGAUCUGGGUUUGGUCCAACAUCACCGCCGGGUGCGACAGAAUUCACCACAGUUAAAAGUUCCAAACACGCUGUUCAAGUAACCACGUCCAUAUUAGUGAACCGAACGACACAGUCGGCGCCAAAUCGUACUGAACAACAUCCGAUCAACACAACGUCAUCGGCCUCUGUCACUGUACCCUACAGUGGUCGUACGUCACCGGCGCCGCCUCCGUUUUCGUCUUAUAAACCGCCCGUAAAAACGACCAAGUCGACAUCGUCGGUGUCCACAGUUACGUCGACGGAUGCCGCAUCGGUGUCAAGCAGCAGCAGCAGCAUCAGCAGUACCACUACCAGCACCACAACCGUCAGCACAAUUUCGCCGUAUUACAACACCGUGCCCGACGAGUCGGUGUAUCACAACAAUGUUGACAAGCCGGUAUGGACGUCUCAGCCAGCAGAUUUUGGCGACAGGUUCGCGGGCAAUCCGCACCCAACCGAACCGGGCACGCCAAAACGAGACGUGCCUAUCAACACGGAGGCGGCCGAAAGCACUGCCUACGUGGUCCUCGUCACCACCGGCACGCUGAUCGUCAUUGUGCUGAUCAUACUCGUGGUGCUUAAGGUCAAGUACCGGACGGACACCAAUAGAUAUAAGAUCGAAAUACCCAAAGCGUACCCGGUCGUCGACCCGCACCACCACCAACAGCAGCAGCAGCCCCACGGCCGGCACCAACUCGGCGAUCUCCAUCACUCCGGAAGCAGUCAUCACCACAACUCGAACCCGCUGCUGUCGCCUGGUGGCAACUAUUACUCGCCGUCCAGCAUGCAGCCGUCGCCCACCGCGUCUGUCACGUACGUGCAAAACAAUUUCCGGACGACAAGACCGGCCAACAAAAAGCGCCAAGACGUGAAAGAGUGGUAUGUGUAAGAGUGCAUUAUGUUUCCGGAUAUCAGAUUGACCGAUGCCAUCGACUGUUUUUUUUUUUUUUUGUCACUUCUAAAUGUCAGUUGCGCACAGAGACGUAUUUAGAGUGUGGCUCCGGGCAGCAAAAUUUUAGAAAGCAUAAAGUUUAAGUAAAUUAUUAAUUUUUUUUUGUAAAAAACGAAUAAUAUAUUAUGGAGGACUUAGAAAAGGGAUAAGGUAAACACUUUUUAUGGCUUAAAGGGCCUAAAAUUCUAAAUACGACUCUGGUUGCAAAAUGUUUAUCAUCGUGGCGCCACGUACAACUGUAGGUAUUGAAUUUUACCGGCAGAAAACUUCCAAGCAAACAAUUCGAAAAUAACAAAACUAGCUGUUUGCUUACAUCAACAGUUUUCGUAGUUUAAUUAUUGUUAUUUUCUACUCCUAACGGUAUGAAAAUAACUCUUUAACUUUGUUUUAUCGUUGACGUGUACAUUACAUAAAUUACUUUACUAUACAAGACAA